AGAUGUUGCAAUGCAAAAAAAGUGGGGGUUUUAAGUGAUUUAAUCGUUAUAGUUUUAAUUCUGUGGCUAGAUUGCAUAGACAAUAAAACAUGGAAAGAAUGUGAAGUGUUUUUGCAACGGGAAAUCGGUGCACCUUCGACUUCUCAUCAAUUUUGUCCCUCCAGGCUGUCCGUAGUUGUUUGUGCAUACUGUUCUGGUGCUCUGCUCAAGUGUGUUGCAGACAGAAAGGUGCUUUUCCUGUUAAAUCAAACCUUUUAGUUGCCACAUACUUUACUAAUAGAUUAAUUAUCGAGUUUGAAGCACGGAAAGACACCAUUACACGAUAACUGGCUGCUGUCUCCUCAAUGGGUUUACUGAACGCACUAAGAGCUGUCAGAUGCUACCUGAGUCCCUUUCCAACAUCAAAAUCAUGGCUUUCCACCAAAGCCUUCCAGCUGGGGGACAAGAACAUCCUACUAAUGGGUGCUCCUGGAGCAGGGAAGUCCACAGUGGGGAGGAUAGUGGCCCACAGACUGGGACUGCCUGUCAUCGACGUCGAUGAUGAUGUCCUGGAGACGACAUGGAAGAUGCCUGUGGCUGCCAAGCUGGCAGCAGUCGGCGGAGAGCGUUUCCUGGAGGAAGAAGGCCGGACUCUGUGUAACCUCUCUGCCUCUGGGUGUGUUGUUUCCCUCACAGGCUCCAACCCUCUCCACGCUGCUGCAAUGCAGCACGUCAGAGAGUCUGGACUGGUCGUCUACCUGGACGUGGACAGCGAAGACAUCGUACAGAGACUCGCCAGGAUAAAGGUGAACAGGAUCGUGGGCCAGGAGGCAGGGGCGUCCAUGAGGGACAUCCUGCGUUACAGGAAGCAGUUUUAUGAGAAAUGGCUUGACGUGCGGGUGCUGUGUGGAACGGGAGACACGGCGGAGGAGGUAGCGGAGAAGGUGCUGAAGGCAGUGGAGAGAUAUCAGAACCACGCUGCAGAAACGUACGUGUCGACCAGGAGUGACAGCGUGGCCAAUCAGAAGACAUACUUUAGUGAUGUGGUAGUCGAGGGUCUGGCCGCAGACGGAGGCCUUUAUGUUCCCAAAAAUGGCUUCCCACACCUUGAUGCUCGUGAAUGGCUGAGACUAGCUGACAUGUCGUACCCAGAACGAGCGUUAGUUCUACUUGAAAAGUGUAUACACCCGUUGGACGUCUCUGCUUUGGACCUCAGAACAAUGAUAUUCAAGGCAUAUGGGUCUAACUUUUCUAGUGAGGCAGUAGCACCUGUAAAACAUCUCAUCCACAAUCAGUAUGUCCAGGAGCUUUUUCAUGGCCCCACCGCCUCAUUUAAAGACCUCGCCUUGCAGCUGAUGCCGCAGCUCUUCGCCCACUGCCUCCCACAGAUGUGCAACUACCUCAUCCUGGUAGCCACCUCUGGGGACACAGGAAGUGCGGUGCUCAGCGGCUUCAGCAGCCUCAGCAGCUCUGACACGCACAGGACCGGGGUGCUGGUGUUCUUCCCAGAGGAAGGCGUGAGCGAGAUCCAGAAGCUGCAGAUGACGAGCUACAAGGAGGGCAACGCCAGGGCCGUCAGCGUCCGGUCAGACUUUGACUUCUGUCAGAGAAGCAUUAAGAGGAUGUUUGGAGAGUCGGGGCUGAUUGGACACCUCGCUGUUGAGUACGGCACAGUCCUCAGCACCGCCAACUCCAUCAACUGGGCGCGGCUGUUGCCACAGGUGGUGUACCAUUCCUCAGCCUAUCUGGAUCUGUGCAGAGACGGUGUUAUCAAGUUCGGGGAGCCCGUUGAUGUUUGCAUCCCUUCUGGUAACUUUGGCAACGCCAUGUCAGCUGUGUACGCCAAGCAAAUGGGCAUCCCGAUAAGAAAAGUCAUCUGCGCGUCCAACCACAACCGCAUCAUCACGGACUUUAUCACCACAGGCGAGUACGAUCUCCGGGGACGGCCUCUGGUGCUGUCCCACUCCCCGGCUAUAGAUAUCCUGAAGUCCUCCAACCUCGAGAGGUUUAUCUACCACGUCUCAGGCGGAGACAGCCGUCUUGUCAAGGAGCUGUUCACACGCUUAGACCGACGGCAGCACUUUCAGGUUCCUGAGCCUCUUCUUGGCAGGAUACAGCAGGAAGUGCUGGCUGGCUGGUGCUCUGAAGACGACUGCUUGGCCGCCAUCCAGAGCGUUCACACACAGACGGGCUACCUCAUGGACACACACACCGCCGUGGCUAAAGUGGUGGCCGACCGGCUGCAGGACGGUUCGUGCCCCGUGGUGCUUAGUUCCACUGCUCACUACGGGAAAUUUGCUCCCGCUGUGUUCAAAGCUUUACGAAUCCAAAAUAUUCCAGAGGAUCCCGUCGAGCAGCUGAAGAAGCUCGGAUCGACUGCGUCCGGACCUGAAGGACACAGAGACAUGAUGAAGUGCCUGGAGAAAAGAGGCGGGAGGGGACACACUGUUUGUCAGGCAGAUUACGGCGUGUUGGUGGAGCAGGUGGAGAGCAUGAUACAGGACUCCUUCUUGAAAGUUAUGUAGGAUUCGCUUUUGCUAACAUCCACCUAAAUUAACCUUAAAGGGCGGGUCCAUCUCAAAUGGAAAAAGCUGUGACAUAGGUUACCAAAGUAAGCUAAUCAAUAAGGUUAUGAAUAAUGUGAACUCUAGCACUAGUCAAUGUUAUCUGUGCUAAGUUUGGAAAUAACUGAAAGGGUAUACUCCCACGUUCUGCAAGGUAAAAUUACUGUUUUUGUGAAUG